CCGAGGCAUAGCCCUGCCUUAGGCGAAGUUCUAAGCUCUGGUGUGUGUCUGACAGGAGUUUACCACGUGGGACGACUUGGCGCCUUAACCUGGAACACUGCAAAAGAGUUAGGAGACCUGAGCGAAACCCCGUCCCUGCCCGUCCAGCUCCGAAAGCUUCAGGAACAACUUUAUCAUCUGCGCUGGAGUGCAAAGGAUGUUGCUGAGCUGGCUCUACAAGAAGGACUGAAGCAGGCAAAGGUCCCAGGCUUUACCGGACGGGCUGUUCAGGAGAUCAUCAAUCAAGCUUUGGAGAAGCUGGAGGAAAUCCACGUCCUGAUGCCGGAUUAUGCCCUCAAAUCGGCAGGGGCUGCCGUCAUUCUUUCCAGGACUUCUCCAUCCCUCCGGACUGACAAAGCAAAGGUGUUCCUGUAUUCCCUGUCGAUAAUGGAUUACAUGAGGACCCCUGAGCUGAUUCUGGAGCCAGAAAAUCAUCCUGGCAACUGCUGGCCCUUCCCAGGAAGUCAAGGACACGUCUUCAUCAGGCUGUCCAUGCCGGUCAUUCCCAGAGCCGUCACCAUGGACCAUGUCUCAGAGACAGCGUUCCAUGGAGAAAGUACCUCUGGAGCUCCCAAGGACUUUGCUGUCUACGGCUUCAAGGAAGAACACGAGGAGCAGGGAACGUUCCUGGGACAGUUCACUUUCCUGGCAGCACUGAAUCCCAGUCAGACCUUCCAGCUGAAGGUAUGGGGACACAGGGAGGAGAACUGUAGGAGAGGAGGAGAAAUGCGGCUGGAUGGGGAGAGGCUUCCCUGCCAAAGGGUACAGGCAGCCCUGACCUGAGCGUGUGCCACGCUGGCCUUUCUUCUGCUUCAACUUCCUGGUGGCAGAUGCCUGGACUGCUGGUCUUCUCUUUCAUUUUGUGUUUAAACUUCAGUGCUUAGAAGCACCACAGUUGAAGCUGGAAUCAGCUUGACUGUCUGGACCCCAAGUGCACACAUCCCAUAGGAUGCACGACUGCUGUUCUGCCGGUUAAAGACCAGAAAUACUGGGCUUCCUGAGGGUUCAGUUGGUGCUGGCAGUGAGCAGUGACAGGGAGGCCAUUCUGUUUCCAUGGCUUUCUAGAGAAGGCAACGAGACAUUAUACU